UUACUUGACCUCUCUCAUUCAGAUCUAUUGAGCGGAAUCCACAUCGGCUUCAGACAUUCAAUGACUUUAACGAAAUAACGAAAUUCAGUUCGAAAUUCAUUUUAUUUGCGGGCAGUCGAAACAUUUAAAAUGGGCAGAAUAAAAUUUAACGGAGUUUUCUUACUGAUGGUCCUUCAAAUAUUCUUGGUGGCUACAACAACUGGAGAUGAAGUGAGAUCAAAGACAUAAUACUAAGAAGAAUAAAGAGUGAUUAAAGUGUAUACCUUUUCUUCCUAUCAGACGUGCGAAUCAGAUCGAAAAAUGGAAGAACAGUGCCGUAUUCAUACCUAUAAAACUGUAAAACCCUUGCUCGAUUAUUUCAGGCAGGUUAGAAAUGAGUUAGAACAAAGUGAAAAUAAGGAAAAGCAGAUAAGUGAAUUAAAUUCUGAUCUUAUGGAAAAAUAUCAUGAAAUUGUAAGAAUUCAUGAAACAUUCAAGAAGGAGGCAGCUCUAUUAAAUGAGUAUAAAAACAAAGUAAUCAAAGGGGAAAACGAUUUGCAAUUGUGUCAAAAUAAAGUUGAUAAAUCUGAAUCUGAAAUUAAUUCAUUAAAAGAACAACUAACAGAUAAAUCCACCAACUUAGAAACUUGUCAAGUUCAAUUAAAAUCUGUUAAUUCUAGAUUAAUUGAAAAAGAUGAGGAUAUAAAAAGAUUUAGUGAGAAUAUUAAAAAUAACACAGAACAUCAGAAAACACUUGAGAUGAAAUUAGAGAAGAGUAAAUCUGUAAUAAUAAAGCAUGAAAAUGAUAUUCAGUUAUGUCGUUCAGAAAUAAAUGAAUUAAAUAGGACAUCAGAGAACAUUAGAGAAGAACAGAAAAAGAUUCAAUUGAAAUUAACAGAAAGUGAAACUAAGCUAAUAGAUAAAGUAAAGCAAAAUCAGUUAUGUCAAUCUGCCCUUCAUAAAUUAAGUCCAACAACAUGUCCCCCUUUCGGAGAUUAUUCAGGAGUUCAUCAACUCAAUGUGUCUGGCAUAGGUUUAUUCAAAGUUUUAUGCGAUAGCCAGUUAGCUGGACCUGGAUGGAUUGUAAUACAACAACGAGUUGGGGGAAAUGAGAGUUUCAAUAGGGAUUGGGCAACGUAUCGCAAAGGUUUCGGUUCUUUUGAAAGUGAUUUCUUUCUUGGAUUAGAGAAAAUUCAUCGUAUCACGAGCUUGCAGCGUUUCGAGCUUUACAUACAUUUGGUUGUUGAGAAUGGAAGUGCCUACAACGUUCAUUAUGACGACUUCAAAAUAUCUGAUGAAGAUAAUGGAUAUGCACUGAGUUUGGGUAAAUUUAAUGGAACUAUUGAGGAUGGCAUGAGAGUCAGUGAAAACAUGAAAUUCACAACAUUCGAUCACGACAACGACAAAUAUGAUUAUUAUAAUUGCGCAAACUGGCGUAAAAGUGGCUGGUGGUACAGAAUUUGUUCUGAUUGUAAUUUAAAUGCACCAUAUGGGCCAAAUCUAUGUUGGUGGGACACUGGUAAGGUCAUUUACCCUCUAGAAGUUAAGAUGCUAAUUCGCCCCAAAGAUGUGAUGAAGAAGUGAUAAACUGAAAAGCUGAAAUUCCCAUAUUUGACUCAAUUAUGUAAU